GUCCUUGUUUUUCAGGUUGAGAAAGCACUUUGGAUUCCCUUUUUCGCUUCCAGUCGUAGUUCUUUUUAUUCUUCGCGAGUGUGGAUUUUUUCAAGAUAUCUUCCCGCACCCAGUCAAGAAAUUCACUGAUCGACGCCAUGGGCUGGAUGUCUGCGAGCGGCCGGGAUACUGUUGCUUCCGAAGACGAAGUAUUUUCUCGUCUUCUGGUAUCGAAAAAAAAAGCGAAGCGGCAGAGUCGAGGAAAAGCUGGGUCAGUUGUCGAGGCAGGAGUUUACGGGUCGGUCGUUUCGGGUUUGUGGGCGUCGAGUGGAAAUUUCUGGGAUCCGGUGCCAGGGCCGAUUUCUCGCCGUCGUUCCGGUUGUCCGCGUGCGAUUGAGCGACCGGGUGUUGCUCGUAUUUCACCCAAGCCCGGGUUUCCGAUGGCGGAAGAUGUUCGGGCGCCGUCGGCUGGGGUGACGAGUGUCGAGGACGAGGCGACGUCAGUGAGCGGGUUUCACGACGAGGAUGACGAUGAUGACGACGACGGGGGCGCCUCUUGGCCAGAAGAAGAAGCCCUGUCCUUGGACUCUGUCGGUUCUCACAGCUCUGAGGACGAGUUGGAGACCAUCAACUCUGUCCAGAAUGCCGCCGUUAACAACAGUGUCGCCGAUGAAGACGAGCAGAGUUUGGUGAGCCAUCAGUUGCGACGGAAACGUUCCCGGCCGGGCUCGUCGUUCAGCUCCGACGAUGACGACGAGGUGUCGGACAUUCUGUUGUCAGCGGAAGGCGGCGGUGUGGACGUGGACGAGGACUCUAGCACCGGACCGGCGUCCGUGGCGCCCGUGCAAUUCUCCGCCACUCCGCCGCAAGAUCUGCCCAGACCCGGUCGAGUGUUGGCCGCCUCGACGACGAAUUCGACAACGUCCUCGAGAGCAACGUUGUCGACAUCGUCGUCAGAAGGGAUGGGAUUCCAUCGGCCAUCGACGACAUCGUCGACGCCGACGACUCAGCGACAGGCCACCGACUCGUCGCGAGUCGUUCACGCCGCACGUCAGCCGCGGCCCUUCCUCGAUUUUGACAAAAUGCGGCAGAGGGGGUUGUUAGUUCGGGUUAUAUUGGAGGCGGCGUUUCUUAUCGCCGACGUUUCGGUUCUCGUCAGUGUCGUCGAGAGGAAUUUGGCGCUAUUCGGCGCGAGGAAGAUGUGA